AUGGAGUUGGUCUUUGAUGAAAAAGACGACGAAAGCCCUCGCCUUUCUUCCUCAACCCCAAUUUUUCACUUCAAGCCUCCCGCAGGGGACCAUUUGGGAGGCAGAAAACUACAUAGCAAAUCUCUCUUUCUGAAAUGGUCCUCCUUUAACUUCCUGUUGCCUUUAUCUGCAUGUGUGCCAUUAAAAAUUAUAUGUGUUGGUGAAAUUAGCAAAUUUCAAGAAAGAAUCAACUUUCUUCCUUCGUUUUUUUUCAGGUGGUUGUAA